ACGAAGGAGACGGUGCAGACGCUUUACUUGCGAUAUAUGUCGAGCCAAAUACGCCCUGAAAGCGGAUCUUAAAUGCCACAAGCAAACCGUGCACCGGGUCGAUGUCCGCCUCCCGAAGUGUAUGUCUGCACUAAUCCUCGGUGCAGCGUGCGGAACAAGGAGUCCCUCCGGAAGGACAACUUUCUGCGGCACGUGAGAAGGUGCGCAGGGAGGAAUGAAGAUGUACAAGAGGAACGCGAGGAGGUGGGUACUUGAGGAGACUUAGUCAUGCCCGUGAGCUGCGCACGCCGCACAGUAGAUCAUGCUUUCAUCUAUCUUGCAUAGGCCAGGAAGCGGGCGCCAAUCACCUUCAACGGCUAUAUGUCAGUAUGCCUCCGACCUCAGCCUUGCGCCGCCGAACAGGAUACCUCAAACAUCCACUAUUCAAAAAAGCGCCAAUACAGCCAAAACAGAUGCGCAUGCAACUAUUCUCGAUCAUUGCGCGAUGGCACCCGCGGCAGCGUCUCCGCAGGCCUCAGACGAUAAUGGUUCAUACAUGGACUUAUCGGAGGGGCUUGUCAUUCUAGGAAUCGUACUCGCGGCUAUACUCCUCUUCCUGAUUCCGCUCUUUCUCUUUUGGUUUUCUGCCCGCCGGAAACAACGAAGGUUAGCGAGGCGGAAGAGACGGGAGAUUGAAGGUACAACAGCGGUGACGGAUAGUCGUUCCCGGCCUUCUCCAACUCAGCAGGAUCCUUUCCUUACUGAUGAUACGACUCUUGCGCAAUCCGUUCUUGACUGCCCCACCACCGCAAGCAGAGGAAGAACAGCCAGGCGACCCAGAAAACAUGGAUCACAGCCUAUUACGAAACCCAUCACUACAGAGCGCGUGCUAGGGAUAGACAAAGCGUCCACUUUAAAGGAUGACCCACCGCGAGAAGCGGACUCUUCGCGUCUGGAUACGAUUGCGGCGCCAGUUGCGCUAUCCCGGGUCCGCGAACACGAAGCGUCGCCCUCUAUCGACAAUGGCGAAAUUGAGCCGCAGUUUGUUGACCCACAGGACCUUGAAUACGGUCCUAAUCCCGUGAUUUUCUCUCAUUUGCGAGAGAAGCAGAAGGCGACGGACGUUCCACCUCAGCUGAGGGUGCAUAGCCCGUCAAGUUCCUCGGCUGCCUCUUCGCCAUCAACCACAGAAACAUCGGCAUCGACGAGUUGCACCUGGCAAGCAUUGCCCAGGGCUCAGGCUUCAUGGUUCCUAUCAGACACUCCCGCGCAGGACUCCAGUGCUACAGCCUCAAAUCCCUCUACUCCCUCAGUAGGAGGCUCAGCGACCGAAAGGACUAUGACAGCACAGCCUCCAGAUCUGGGUAACGCUCUCAUUUGUGUACCCUGCAACCUUUCCUUCCGCAGCUCCGGCCAAGCAAACCAGCACAUAAAUCGCAAACACCGCCGGCGGUACACAUGCCCCUUCUGCGAUACGACCUGGCACCUGCGCAGCGAUCUCAAGCGGCAUCAGCGGACGGUCCAUAAAGACCAGUUCAACGUGGAGACUAAGGGCUUCCGUUGCUUGAAUGAGGGAUGUACUAUCCCCGAGAAAUUGUUUCUGAGAAAGGAUAAUUUCGAGAGGCAUGUUGAGCGUUGUGCGAGACGCAUGGGCGAACAGCGGCGGGGCUGAUGUUCGCGUCUUAUGCUAGAAGGGCGGGAACCGAAUGCACCGACAGCGAAUGGCUGCUAGAUUGAUGGCAGAGGAAGGAGAAUAUUGACUUAUCGCUGUACCGGGAGUUUCUUGCAGGACCAUGAAUGCGCAUCCACAAGACACAGGGCUUGCUUGAGAGCAAGAGCUAUAACAGACUCGGAGUAAGCACCUUUGCCCGCUCUUAGGUAGAUGUCCAUCCACUAGACUACACAAAACGCAGCCCAGAGCCGCCAGCGUUCAAAACAAGAUGUAAGUGCGAGACCCACUACUGUUUCGCAACGCCCCGUCGCCGACAUUGACCCUUUCGCUCGUUUAGAUCGAACGAUCUACCAC